UGUAAAGUUUCCUCACAUUGGCAAGGAAAGCGUUGAGUACGAGCGACGCUUUUAAACUGUACAGAACCUGAGGAAAAACGGAACUACCCCAGGCGAAAAUUGGGCCUGAUGCCCGCGUAUACGAAAUCGAUCGCUGUCUCAGCCAAGCCCAUAGCGGUUUUCACAGUCACAUUCGGCGUCACAGUCUCCAUCGUGUUUCUCAACCGCCCAAACCCGCUUCCGAUUCAACCCGACCCGAUGGCGCGGAGCUUUGUGCUGUGGCUGCACGGGCUGGGCGAUUCGGGCCCUGCAAACGAGCCAAUCAGGACGUUCUUCACUUCUUCGGUGUUCAGGAACACCAACUGGUCCUUCCCUUCAGCUCCUUCCAAUCCUGUUACCUGUAAUUAUGGUGCUGUGAUGCCUUCAUGGUUUGACAUUCAUGAGAUACCGGUGACGGCUGACUCUCCAAACGAUGAGAGUGGUUUACUCAAAGCAGUUCAAAAUGUCCAUGCAAUGAUAGAUAAAGAGAUAACUGCAGGAACCAAUCCCAAAAAUGUCUUUGUGUGUGGGUUCAGUCAAGGAGGUGCCUUGACAUUGGCAAGUGUUUUGUUGUAUCCAAAAACCCUUGGUGGAGGUGCCGUAUUUAGUGGAUGGGUUCCUUUUAGUUCAUCAAUUUUGGAACGAGUUACAGCAGAUGCAAAAAAGACACCUAUCUUGUGGUCCCAUGGGAUGGCGGACAGAACCGUACUUUUCGAAGCUGGACAAGCUGGACCACCCUUUCUUGAAAAAGCUGGUAUAAACUGUGAAUUCAAGGCUUAUCCUGGUUUGGCUCACUCCAUAAGUAAUGAAGAGCUACGUGAUUUGGAAUCAUGGAUAAAAUCUCGUCUUCAGAGUUCAUCUUGAUGGGCCCACCUAAAGUGAUUUAAAAUUUGGUGCCCAAAAAAGUAAAAGAUAUCAAAUUUGGUACCUAGAAAUGUCACAGCUCCACAAGCAACUAGUAUUGUUUUAAGCUUGUUAUGACAUACAGGCUGUAAUACUCUUUUAUUUUUUGGUAUUGUGUUAGCAGAUUUUGGGGGGGAAACCGGUGAAUCAGUCCUUCAAGGGCCUAUGUAUGUAUGUUUGUUGCUUAUUCAGUAUUAGACCAUUGGACCUUAAAUGGUUUUGAACUCUCCCUUUUUCUAAAAAUAUUUUUAAUAUAAAUAAAAUACAUAUAUAAAUAUAUAUUGGAUAUGUAUAAAUUAUUAUACCACUUGUUUAGGC